AGGCACGCUACUCCUCCGCCUGAUAUCUCCGUUGCAAGCGGCGGCAUCACGGCCGACUCUCUCCUCCUCUCCCUCUCCCUUCGGUCUACCUCUCCACCUCUCUCCUUCUUCUCUCCCGGGCCUUCAUAGUCGGCGAGGACUUUCCACCACAUGCAAAUGACUGCUGCUUCUUCACCUCCUCGGACCUGCAAAAUCCGUCCCCGGCGUCGCCCAAUCCGCGGUACGUGAAUCUUUAAUUGCUGCGAUCGCUGAGAUAAAGUCGAUACGCGCUUUCGCGCCGAGUCGUUGGGAUGAUUACGUUUGCGAAUCGACGGCAUUGCGAUGGAAAUUUGGGUGCGUUUCGUUGUCGGGUGAGUUCGCAGAAAGAGGGUAUUGAGACCAAAAGAAGAGAGGACAAAAACAAAACCGAUGUCUGAAAGUGCGUUUCUCUCCGAGGAAUCGUCGUUCUUCUCGUUGACGGAGUAAACGAUGGCGUGGCCUUUGACUGUUUAUGUAAAAAGUGCGAAGAUACACCAUGCUCAAGGUCCCGGAUCAUCAAGUCGCCGGUCACCAAGCAGACAGGGGAAAGCUGGGGCCACUGGUGGAUGAUUCGGGCCGCUUCUAUAAGCCUCUCCAGAGUGAUCAGCGCGGAGAUACAGAAGUGGCCUUUUACGAGUCAUUCUAUUCCAAUACUGAGAUCCCAGGUCACAUUCGCAAAUUCUUUCCCGGGUUUCACGGAACUCAGAUUAUUGAGGCGUCUGAUGGAUCGGGUCCUCAGCCUCACCUGGUUCUGGAGGAUCUCGUUGCGGGUCGCAUGAACCCAUCUGUCAUGGACAUCAAGAUUGGAUCCAGAACAUGGUAUCCCGAGGCCUCUGAGCAGUACAUCCAAAAGUGCUUAGGGAAAGAUCGAAAUAGCACAAGCGUUUCAAUGGGUUUCAGGAUUUCUGGGCUGAAGGUAUAUCAAAAUAGCGAAGCUGGGUUUUGGCAACCCGAGAAGAAGGUUGUUUAUAGCUUUAAUGCGGACGGUGUCAGGUCGGCUCUGAGGAAGUUCGUUUCUUCCAACUUGUCUCUGGAUCCAGAUGCGGAUCCGGAUUGUUUGUAUGCAUCGACAGUUUACGGUCACCGGGGUGGAAUUUUGGCACAAUUGCUUCAGCUGAAGGAAUGGUUCGAGGUUCAGACGAAUUAUCACUUCUAUUCUUGUUCACUCCUUAUCUUUUAUGACACGGAGUCUGCUUUGGACGGCCGUGCACACCCGAAAGUUAAACUGGUGGACUUUGCACAUGUGAUGGAUGGCCACGGCGUGAUCGAUCACAACUUCUUGGGUGGCCUCUGUUCUGUAAUCAAGUUUAUACGUGACAUUGUUGAUGAAGAUAACAAGUGUGCAAAGUGCGAAGUCAAUCUCGGAUUGAAAGAAAAUGGCUUCUAUAAGAGCAACACGGAAAUAGAGCUUGAUUACGAGGCCUCCUAGCGGGAACUGGAGAAUAACUGCAUUCCUGCAUUCCUGCUCUGACAAGUGGUUCAGAAUAGGUAUAAUGACGGUCUAUUUUAGUCGUAGCUUUUUCAUUUCUCAACGGCCAUUCUUGUUUACCGUACUUGUUUGGCCGAAUCUGCUGGUAAUUCAUUUCUCUUUGGACCGCACUUAUAAUUUGCAUGAGACUGUCCAUUUGCCAACGUGCUUAUUGUUUUGGCUAACCAGAAUGCUUCAUAUUCAUGUCUUGCUGCACUUGUCGCCUGCAAAGAGUUCUGCUCCGCGCUUCAGAUCGGAUAAUUUGUAUGCUAUUUGGUUGAGUUGAUUCGACCAUUCCUUGUCUUCAUGGCUGUGCAGAGUUCUUGAUUCUGUCCAUACGAAGUUAACGUUAUCGUGAAUUGCCAAUCAACACUUUGGAUUUGCUAAUAGUCACAAUGGAUUUAUAUUA